AUGUCGCCCGCAGGCCAGCCGUUCGAACAGGCGGCUUUCGAUAAGGAAGUUGCCCGCGAAUUUUCCGCCCAGGAGAUCGCUGCCGCUUCCGAGAAAUACCUGGCCCGAGCCAAGGAGUUGCUAGGAGACAAGAACGAGGUGCGCAAAGUGAUCGGCUACAUCGACCUGACGACACUCGCUGGGGACGACACCAAAGAGCGGGUUGUAGCUCUCGUCGAUCGCGCUUUGGCCCCGGUCCCGGCUGACGCAUCUAUUCAUUGUGGCGCCGUCUGUGUCUACCCGCAGCGAGUGGCCGACGUUGCCGGACACCUGAAGCAGCUCGGCAAAACGUUCAACGUCGCUUCAGUGGCCGCCGGAUUCCCGUCUGGGCAAUAUCAUCUCAAGUCAAAGGUACUCGAGGUUGAGUUGACGGUGGCUGAUGGUGCGAACGAGAUCGACAUCGUCAUCAGCAGGGCAUCGGCUUUGGGCGGCGACUGGAAAACGGUCUACGAUGAGGUCCAUGCCCUCAAGAAGGCCUGCGGGGCGGCGCACCUGAAGACGAUCUUGGCGACCGGCGAGCUGAAGACGCUGUCCAACGUCUACAAGGCCAGCUGGGCUAGCAUUCUCGCUGGAUCCGAUUUCAUCAAGACGUCGACGGGGAAGGAAUCGGUGAAUGCCACCCUUGAAGUGGCCUACGUCAUGUGCCAGGCCAUUAAGCGUUGGCAUGAACUCACUGGGCAAAAAGUGGGCUUCAAGCCGGCCGGUGGAAUCAAGACCACGGAAGAGGCUCUGUCCUUCAUCGCCCUCAUUGAGGAUGUUCUUGGCGCGGAAUGGCUGAACCCCGAACUUUUCCGCAUCGGCGCCAGCAGCCUACUGGACGAUUGCCUGAAGCGACUC